AUGGAGGAAAUACAGAUGGCAGGCUCGCCCUCUGCCUCAAUCGAGACGGAAAAGGGGCUGGAAUCCCCGAAUGAGGGGUCAAUCGAUGCUCGUCUGUCGACCGUGGAUGGAAACAAUGGCAACGAGGGUACAUCCCUCCCGCCUAUGGAUGGCGGCAUGAACGCCUGGCUUUUCCUCGCCGCUUGCUUCACGAUGGAAGCCCUCGUCUGGGGCUUUGCGUUUACCUACGGAGUCUUCCAAGAAUAUUACAGCAAUGUUCCUGAAUUUAAGGACUCCGGUAAUAUCGCUGUCAUCGGGACUUGUGCUAUGGGGAUCAUGUAUCUGGACCUCCCUCUCGUCUUCGCCGCUUACAGACAAUGGCCUCAUUACCAGCGUGUUGGCUGCGCCGCCGGGGUUACAUUAAUGUGUCUUGCCCUCGGUCUCAGCUCUCUCUCCACAAAUGUCAACCACCUCAUCAUCACCCAAGGCAUUUUCUACGCACUCGGGGGUAGUGUCGCAUAUUCCCCCUGCAUUCUCCUCAUGGAGGACUGGUUCGACAAGCGUAAGGGUCUCGCUUUCGGCGUGAUGUGGGCGGGCACCGGCCUCGGCGGCGUCAUUCUCCCCAUCGUCAUGGAACGGCUGCUAGAUGAGUACGGAUUCCGAACUGCGUUGCGGGCUUUCGCCAUCGCUUUAUUUAUUCUCACCGCGCCACUUGUCUACUUUGUUAAACCGCGGGUGCCGGUUGCGAAGAAUCGGGCUAGUCCGCCGCCCCCGAACUUGCGCUUCAUUCUUACGUCUACGUUCGCACUCUUCGAGAUCUGCAAUAUUGUUGAGGCGCUCGGGUUCUUCUUGCCUUCUCUUUAUCUUCCGACCUAUGCCGGUAUGAUCGGGGCAUCAAGCAAUCUUCAAGCUCUCACAGUCAUUCUUUUCAACGUUGCUUCGGUCGUUGGCUGCGUGCUUAUGGGCGCUAUUAUCGAUAAGCUGGAUGUAACGCUCUGCAUCCUCGUCUCAACGAUUGGAUCUUCGCUUGGCGUUUUUCUGAUUUGGGGCUUCUCUAUGUCUCUUGCUCCGCUUUUUAUUUUUGCUAUCGUUUACGGGCUCUUUGCCGGCUCAUACACGAGUACUUGGCCCGGUAUUAUGCGCGACGUUGUGCGCAGGAAGGCCUCUGCUGAAUCAAGUAUGGUUUUCGCGUGUCUUGCCGCUGGCAGGGGAAUCGGAAACGUGGUUUCUGGACCCCUUAGUGAAGCGUUGAUUAAGGGGAGGCCGUGGGAGGGACAGACGGGCUUUGGAUAUGGUAGUGGGUAUGGAACUUUGAUCGUGUUCACAGGUGUGACGGGCAUUGUAGGCGGUGGUAGUUAUGUUGCGAGGUGCUUCAAAUGGUUGUAA